AACCAUCAGUUUAAGUUUGCAAUUAAGUCUAUUUCUUGACAGAUUGCAGUUAUAUUCAAACGUUUAGCUUCUAAAAAACCUAACUAACAAACGACACAAAACUAAAUUUUCAAAAGGAUUGAGAAUGUUAUCAUCAUCCAAUUUUGCAAUAGAAGUAUCAUAAGAACCACACAAAGAAAGGGAAAAAUACAAACAAAUAUGUGAAAAAAAACAAGAAGCCAUCAUCAAGAUUAAAGAAAUAUCAAAUAUAAAGACAACCAAUAGAACAAAAAAACUAAGCACCCAAUAUUCGUCAUUUUUCCAUUGACAGCUCAAAUAAAAAAUUGUUGAUAAAACAUGAUUAGAUCCCAUCAGUAUCCCCUUGUAUAAUAUGUGGUUUCCAAAACAUACCAUAUCCUUCAAAUUUUAAAAACUUUUAAGCUCCCUCUUCAUGUUCUUUCUCCUAUAUUCAUCCAUUCAUACAUUCAAUAUUCAAUUAUUCGUUGAGUCGUUUAUUAAAUGGGUCGUGUAAACGCUACUAACACGAAACCAACAAGCUCAGGGAUGUUACUGCGCUGGAGACAAGUGAACAAAACAAUCAAUAAUGUUAAGCUCACUCUCUUAAGUGGGUUCAUAACCAUACUCGUGCUAAGGGGCACUAUUGGGAUCGGGAACCUUAAUAGCUCCUCAGACAAUCGGAAUCUUAUGGAUGAGACUACUCGAGUACUUGCUGAAAUGCAUUCGAGUAAUGACCCCGAUGGGCAGACGAGCAAGGCACAAUUCAACCCCAACGAGACCUACACGUUGGGGCCAAAGAUUAAUAACUGGAAUAUGCUACGAAAAAAUUGGCUAAAAGAGAACCCGGGUUUUCCCAGUGUAAUACGUGGGAAAGAACGAAUUUUGCUCAUCUCUGGCUCAUCGCCCGACCCUUGUGAGAACCCGUUUGGUGAUCACUAUUUAGUUAAGGGUGUUAAGAAUAAGAUUGAUUAUUGUAGGUUACAUGGGAUGGAGAUUAUAUACAAUAUGGCUAAUUUAGAUACGGUAAUGUCAGGUUUUUGGGCAAAAUUACCCUUAAUUAGAAAGUUGAUACUUUCUCAUCCAGAAAUAGAAUGGUUUUGGUGGUUAGAUAGUGAUGCACUCUUUACUGAUAUGGUGUUUGAAGUUCCUCUUAGAAAGUACAAAGACCAUAACCUUGUAAUCCAUGGAUUCCCCGAUUUGCUAUUCGAGCAAAACUCAUGGAUUGCACUCAACACUGGAAGCUUCCUACUUCGGAACUGUCAGUGGUCGUUGGACUUACUAGACGCUUGGGCACCCAUGGGUCCUAAAGGUCCAGUUAGAGAUGAAGCCGGAAAACUCCUUACAGCAAAACUGAAAGGACGGCCAGAUUUUGAGGCGGAUGAUCAAUCCGCCUUAAUAUACUUGUUGCUAUCGGAAAAGAAGUGGUUAGACAAAGUGUUUAUAGAAAACUCGUACUACUUACAUGGGUAUUGGAUGGAUUUGGUCGAUAAGUAUGAAGAAAUGAGCGAUAGAUACCAUCCGGGAUAUGGGGAUGAUCGAUGGCCUUUCGUGACUCAUUUUGUAGGGUGCAAGCCUUGUCAGAAGUCCGGGGAUCACUCAGCCGAGAAGUGCUUGAAGAGCAUGGAACGGGCAUUCAAUUUCGCGGACAAUCAAGUUCUUAAGCUCUAUGGGUUAAGGCAUGGAAGUUUACUCAAUCCUAACAGCAAGGCAUUCAGGGAUGAAACUGAUAAUCCUCUUAAAUUUGUGGAUGAACUUGAUAUCCGAAGGCACAUAGGCAAUGGCUCAUCAAAUCAAAAGGCACAUUAAAUUAUUUUUGAUGAUCGAUUAUUUCGAUGGCGCUAAAGAUUUAUAGUUCUUUGAUUUCAAAUCAUAUGAAGAACUACGGUAAAAUGGCUUAUUCGGUUAUAUACACUUUUUAUUUAUGUGAAAUUGUAGAUGAUGUUUGGUACCGAUGGCCAAUCAGAAACAACCUCUGUGUUGUUAUUAAUAAAUGUAAAAUUGUGUACAUCCGAACCCAAAACUCCACCCCACUUUAAAUAGGAGCCACUAAAUAACAAUGGGGGAAUAAAAUAUAGUUGAGUUACAAACGUUUAGGUGAUGAGCAUUAUUAUGAUGAUAUAAAAGUAUUUGCAGCUUGUAAGAUUUAUCUUGAUCAGAAAUUUUGUAAUUGUAAUGUUGUAAAUCUAUAUCACAAUGUUUGUAAAACAUAGUAAUAAAUCACUACUUUAGCCAAAACAAA